AUGCAGCCUGAAGAUGUUGGUGCCGCCAUUCAAUUUUUGGAGUUUUGUCGCUCAUUUGGCGAGAUCUUCCAAAUAAGGAAGGGCCAAUCAGAAAAAAUUGUCAAAGACAUAACUGGAGAUCGUCAACUCCGAGAGGUGUCUUCAGUUGUUGCUGAGCUUCAUGCAAACCUGUUAUCUGUCAUAGAAAACGGCAAUUACAAGCCUUUGAAAUAUCCAAGACAUGGGGAUGCAUGGAUAAGAAAACUCAGGAAAUAUAUCACUGACUCGACAUUACACGCAAAAGAUUUCAUCCUUGAGUACUUAAGCCAUGGGCUAUCUGGAUAUAAAAAUUUGAGCCCUUCUCAUAAGCUGGAUGUGCUGAAUUCUCUGUGUGAUGAGGCAUUAUCAUCUGAAAAGUUGAAGACUAGGAUUGAAGCUAGAGAAUGUGUGGCCAGACAAAAGAUCCGUGCUGCAACCGAGAAGGAAAAGGAGCUAAAAGAAAGACAGAAUGACAUGGCUAAAACAAUGGGAGGAGAAAUCGCUGGCAAUGACGAAGCUAAUAAUAUCUUUUGUCAAAUAAAGGAGGCAAAAGAAGUCAAGCAGGCAGCCAUGAAUGAAUUAGAGGAACUGGGAUGUGUCCUUAGGUCCACGCCUGUCAUGGUAGACAAAGGAGUAGCAUACUGGAAGCUGGAUGGCUAUUGUAAUAACAAUACAAACAUAUUACGCCAAGAAUUUGACAACGAAGCUACAAUGAAGAACCAAGACAAGUGGUUCAUGUUCAGUGAAGAUGAACAGAAAGUAGUUGAAAAUCAUGUAACUACAAGGUAA